GCUGCCCAUCCUCGUGAGCUUAAGGUUUCAUUUGUGCUGAUGUGUAUAUUUUAGAUGCGGCAUAUACAAGUUCCAGUAUGCUGUUGGUUGUAGAGCACUAUUGUGUUGCUGUCAUGUUGUAGGUUUCAGGCUGGCUGGUAGUUACAGGGAAAGUCAAAGAUAGAAGCAGCGCAAUAAGUACAAGUAGUAGCAAUUGCGAGUUGUCGGUAGAGACAGAGUGAGCGAGUGAACCGUACGACAUGCAUAUUCUUCGUAGACGUUGUCGUGGUUGUUCGGUGGUGGCGUAAAAAUUUUCAAAGUCUUUUCUGGAACAUCGGAGUAUUGACUGACAUCAAGACUCAGAAUGGCUCGUCUGAAAUGGUGCAAGUGAAUGGCGUAAGUAACGGCCAUCACAGCAGUAGCAGCAGCAGUAGCAAACAUAAAUCUUCAAGUAAGGAUAAGCAUCGUGAUAAAGAGCGUGACCGCGAUCGCGAUCAUAAGAGUUCAAGCUCGAAGGAUCACAAGAGUAGCAGUCGCGAUAAAGAUAAACACCAUAGUAGUUCAUCGUCAAGCAGCAAGGAUAAGUAUCGUGAUAAAGAUCGUGAUGGCAAGCACAGUUCGAGUUCUAGCUCGAGUCAUCGGGAUAAAGACCGUGAUAAGGACAAGGAUAAACAUAAAUCAUCAUCUUCCUCGUCGAGUUCUAGCCAUCAUAAGAGCUCUUCAAAGGAUAAAGAUCGCAGAGAUAAAGAUCGCGAUCGUAAAGAAAGCAGUAGCUCCUCGUCAAGCAAAGAUAAAGAAAAAGACCGUCAUAAGUCAUCUUCUUCAUCUAGCUCACGUGACAAGGAUAGGGAUCGCCAUCGCAGCUCUUCGUCCUCAAAACAUAAACAUUCCAGCUCUAGUUCUUCAAAAUCUUCAUCCGGUGGCAGGCCAAAAAUUUUAGAUGGGGAAUUUAUUAAACCAGAGCCAAUUUCACAGCCUUUACUUGACUCACAAUCCAAUGGUUAUAACAGCGAUUUUGCGGCACUUAAACCAGAGCCAGUUGGCAACGAUUAUAUGGAUGAAUCAAAUAGUGGUUUUGAAAAUAAUAAAGAUGGUUAUGAAGAAAAGCCGGAUAUAAAGAUGGAAGAACAAAAUAAUAUAAAUAUAUCUCAGGCAAGUUCGUGUGAUUAUUCAAUGUCACAAUUUAAAGAGGAUGAACCGUCGUUUGUCGUAAAAGAAGAAGCCAGUGCUGACGAUGAUAGCAUGUGCAGGCAAGAGAACCAGGAUUUUGAAGAUGAUGAGGAAGACGUACCACUGGCAAUGCGUAAGACAAAUAAUAAUAAAACAAGUGCGCCAACUCCCGCCGAAGAGGAGGAUGAUGAAGAAGAUAUACCACUAGCAAAGCGUAAAAUAAAAGUGGAAGAAGACGACGAUGAGGAUGUACCAUUACUGGCAAGAAAAAAGGUUAAGAAAGAAUCAUCAUCAAAGUCAAAAAAUAAAAAGAAACGUGUAAAAGAAGAAGAAGAAGAGGAGUAUGGUGAAACUAAGCCUAAAAAGAAGAAAACCAAGAAGGUCGAAACGCAAACACAAGUCAAACAAGAGACUGCUUCUCCAACCAAACGCAAGAAGAAGGAAGAGGAGGAAGAUGAAGUCUGGAGAUGGUGGGAAGAAGAGAAACGCGAAGAUGGCGUAAAAUGGAAUACGCUAGAGCAUAAGGGACCAGUUUUUGCACCGCCGUAUGUACGUGUACCGAAAAAUGUUCGAUUCUUUUACGAUGGCAAACCCAUGGAGCUGUCUGAAGAAACUGAGGAGGCCGCUACAUUCUAUGCCAAAAUGUUAAAUCAUGACUAUUGCACAAAACAAAUUUUCAAUGAUAAUUUCUUUAAAGACUUCCGUAAGACUAUGACAUCGAAAGAACGGGAAAUAAUAAAAGACUUCAAAAAGUGCAAUUUUGAGGAGAUGUUCAAUUACUUCACUGCAGAAUCCGAGAAACGAAAGAAUGCCUCAAAAGAGGAGAAACUGGCUAAAAAGUUGGAAAAUGAGGCAUUGAUAAAAGAAUAUGGUACAUGUAUUAUUGAUGGUCAUAAAGAAAAAAUUGGAAACUUUAGAUUAGAACCGCCAGGUCUGUUCCGCGGACGUGGCGAACAUCCGAAAAUGGGUAUGAUUAAACGUCGUAUCCAGGCCGGAGAUGUUUCAAUUAACUGUGGUAAAGAAUCGAAAAUUCCAUCACCGCCACCGGGUCACCGUUGGAAAGAGGUGCGUCACGAUAAUACCGUCACCUGGUUAGCUUCAUGGGUGGAAAAUGUGCAAGGUCAAGUGAAAUAUAUUAUGUUGAAUCCCUCAUCUAAAUUAAAGGGUGAAAAGGAUCACGUGAAGUACGAAACUGCACGACGCUUAGCUAAAUCAAUUGAUAAAAUACGUGCCACAUAUCGCGAUGAAUGGAAAUCAAAAGAAAUGCGUGUGCGACAGCGUGCCGUUGCAUUGUACUUCAUCGAUAAAUUGGCGCUGAGAGCUGGCAAUGAAAAGGAUGAAGAUCAGGCAGACACCGUUGGUUGCUGUUCACUUCGCGUUGAGCAUGUUAAAUUGGCAAAACAGCUGAAUGGAAAAGAGAAUGUCGUCAUAUUCGAUUUUCUUGGUAAGGAUUCAAUUCGUUAUUACAACGAAGUAGAAGUUGAAAAACGCGUCUUCAAGAAUUUGGAACUUUUCUUGGAAAACAAAAAGGAAGGAGAUGAUCUAUUUGAUCGUUUAAACACGCAAGUGCUCAACGAACAUUUGAAAGAGCUUAUGGAAGGACUCACUGCCAAAGUGUUCCGUACCUACAACGCCUCAAUUACGUUACAAAAUCAAUUGGAUUUACUUACCGAAGAGAGCAUGUCACCUGCAGAGAAGUUGCUUGCAUAUAAUCGUGCUAAUCGCGCCGUAGCCAUAUUAUGUAACCAUCAACGUUCUGUGCCGAAAGGCCAUGAAAAAUCAAUGGAGAACUUGAAGGAGAAGAUACGUCAGAAGCGUGAACUGAUUGAGGAUGCUGAAUCGGAGUUUCAUGAUCUGAAAAGGGCCGCUAAACGUGGUUCUGUAAAGGAGCGGGUUAUGGCUGAUAAAAAGGGCAAACAAUUGGAAAAAUUGAAAGAGCAGCUCAAAAAGUUAGAGCUACAAGAGACUGAUAGGGAUGAGAAUAAAACGAUUGCAUUGGGCACAUCAAAGUUGAAUUACUUAGAUCCACGUAUUACUGUCGCAUGGUGUAAAAAACACGGUGUACCAAUUGAGAAAAUAUUCAAUAAAACUCAAAGAAAUAAAUUCAUGUGGGCUAUACAUAUGGCUGGGGAGGAUUACCGCUUCUAAAUACAUAAUCAAGUAGUGUACGUCGGCGAUUUCGAAUGAGAACUUUUUCAGAAGUUAUAUAGUAUGACGUAUUAUUUGGAGCAAAAAAUUGAAAGCAGGAUAUUUAGCAACUUCCUCCGUAUGCUGCAGCACCACUACUACCACCACCCACCACUUAACACUGUAGACGAAGUUAAUGGAAGCAUAAAUGAAAUUUAUAGAGAAAAGAGUAAUACGAAGACUCGGCGAUGCCAUCAAUGCAUAACAGAAGAACAGAUCAAUUGAGGGUCGAGGCGAUUACGCACAUGCCUCAAACUAUUUAUAUAUUGUGUAUGAAAUAUACAUAUAUACAUAUAACGUAAACAUAUUAUCCAUAGCAUAUAAAACGUAAAGUAACAAUGAACUUAUUUCAUUAUUAACUAUGAUACAUACACACACAUGUAACAAUUCUUGCAAUACAAAAAUUUGCAUACAUAAUUAAAUAUGUAUGCCUUUAGUUAUUUAAGUUAAUAGGAUUUGCGGUCUGCCGUUUAAUGUGUGAAUGGCAAUUUACCUAUAGACUACUUAUUAUCAAAUAGACAAACAUACAUAAAACACUCAAUCAUUAUUUAGUAGAACGAAUUAGCGUACAAAUUUUAGAAAGGAAAUUUUUGAAAUUCACAAUUUCAUUUAAUUUUUAAAACGCUAUAGGAAUUACAAUUACAUUUAUAAAAAAAAAUUAAAAAGAGAAUCAAACAGAAGGCAAACUCAAUUCAACAUGAAAAUUAAGUUAUUUAAAUUAACGGGCAACGCAGAGUAUACAGCGGUAAAAACGAGUUUUACUAGAAUAUUGAAAACAUCCAUACAUACAUAUAUAUAUAUAUGUACUAUUUAGUUUUAGUAGAAAUUAUGUUUUUAAAAAUAAUAUACAAACAAGGCAAAUAAAAAUGUGUGUUUCUUUUUUGAUUUUUCCUCAAAGAAGGACACAACACUAUGCAUAUACUUACUUACACAUACAUAUACAGAUGUCAAACAAACAAACAUUAUUUGAGUUAAAUAAAUUUUUAGCAUAAUUCAUAACAAUUUUAUCUUAUCUCUAUGUAAAUGUAAGGAAAUACACUAUUAUAUAAUAAUUAUAAGUUGCCAGAGCAAAGAAAGAGGGAAAACCGCUUCGUGUUAACUCUGAUGUAUGAAGAAAACAUAUAUAAAAAAUAUUGUCAUUGUAGCGGGCUAAUUCAGAAUUUUCCCAAUUAAUGUGUAAUAAUUUAGAUUGGAUCUUAGAUGCAAUUACUCGAAAAUUUGCAUUGAAAAAAAAAAAAGAAAAGAAAAACAAGAUACUAUAGACAUUUAAUUCUAAUACAAAUGUGAAAAAAAAGAAAAUCUAUAUGCAAUUUAGUUUAUGAUUUAUUAUUAUAAUUAUUUGUAUUUUUUAAAUUUAAUUCUACACAUGAGAAAAUAUUUUUAAUUAUAAUAACAAAAAUAUAUAUAUAUGUAUAUAUAUACAAAAAUACACAAAUGUGCAUAGAUAUAUUCAGCAAUUAACGGUUGAAUAACGUUUAUACCUACCAACAACACACACUUCCACUAUUACAAUAUGCCACAAUAUUUCGUACACACAUAAAACCAUACUACAAACUAUUAUAACCAAUUGUUUUUGUAUUAUUUAAGUUACAAAUCAGAAAUAUAUCAAACAAUAUCUUGUAAUGUAAAAAAAAAAAA